AACGUGAAGAACAUUGCUUUAUUGUAUGCUGACUACUUAUGUGCAGCUGAAUUUGAACGUUUAUCUAAGAACCGUGGCAGUCCGUCACUUUGGUCCGGGUUUAUUUACAGUAGCGAUAGACUAAAAACCUAUGCAUUGCGUUUAUUUUGAUUAAAAGUAUUUUUUAUUGUACAUGCCAAUAAUUACACGAAAAAUCUCGUUCACUUUUGAUGUGUGGCAUCUCACAUUGUACAUGAGGUGCCGAGUUCCCCAGGGGUCCGUGUGUUAGCAUCUGUAUAAUUGCUGAAUGGAUCCUUCUGAGUGAUCACGUGGGGCCUGUAGCGUCAUGAGGGAGAUGAGAAUCUUGCACAAAACUUAAUCAUAACACCGUUGAUGCAGACCAAGGCUGUGAAGUCACUGGCUUGUCAGUUGAGAGAGAAGGAACAGAGGCGGGCGAUGCACCUCUUCAAACAGAGUUUGUGGAUGUUCAAGGGUGCUGCAAAGCAAUCAAACAAGAGCAGGAGGAUACUGCAUGCAUCCAAAUGCAGUUUGGCUUUGUGGAUGUUAAACGUGUCAAACUGGAGAUAGAGUAUCCUGAUGAAGAAGUUAUAGUGCCAGAUCUUAAAGAUUGCACUGAUUUGGGUGAUGCUGGGUCAGGCAAGGAAGUCUCAGCUGAAAAUGAACGCCCAUAUCCAUGCCCAAAGUGUGACAAGACAUUCAAGAAGCUGGACAACUUGAGAAAGCACUCUCGCACCCACACAGGGGAGAGACCCCAUGCUUGUCCUGAGUGUGACAAACGUUUUGCACAGAUUGGCACACUCAAGAAGCACCUGCUGAUCCAUACGGGAGAGAGACCUCAUGAAUGUUCUGUCUGUGGUAAGUGCUUCACGCAGCGUGGCACCCUGCAGAAGCACAUGCUAAUUCACACAGGAGAACGUCCACAUGAAUGUCCAACAUGCCUGAAGCGCUUCACAGAAGUUGGAGCACUCAUGCGGCACAGCGUGACACACACAGGGGAGCGUGCAUACCGCUGCCAGACCUGUGACAAGACAUUCAGACAAUUGGGUGCUCUUCGGAACCAUUACCGAGUUCACGCACAGGGCCGAUCCUACAUCUGCCAGGACUGUGGGAAGGCCUUCAAGGAACCCAGUGCACUGGAAAAGCACACUGUGGUGCACUUGGGGCUGCACCCAUAUGCCUGUGACUUGUGUGAUAGGAGGUUUGCGCAGCCAAAUACUUUGAAAGAGCAUGCCCGUAUCCAUAUGGGACAUGUUUGUCAGGAGUGUGGGAAACGUUUCACCCAACUGGGUGCCCUCCAGGAGCAUGCUCUCAUCCACAGUGGAGUAAGAUCACAUGAGUGUCAGGACUGUGGAAAGAGAUUCAUGCAACUGGGGCACCUCAAAAAGCAUGCUCAUGUCCAUGAAAAGUUCCGCACUGCUCAUAUGCAACCCAUUGUUUAGGGGUGGACUGGUGAUUUGGCAUGAUGUGGCCUAAUUAUCACAGCAACUUGUCAGAAUACAGUAGACUCCCGAUUGUCUGGGGUGGUUGGGAAAUGAAUGUCUCCAGAUAAUCAGUGAGAGGAAUAUGUGACUGACUUGUGAAGUUGGGUUUAAUAAAGCAACACACACAUUUAUAAGCUGGUUUUACUGGAAUGCUGUUUGUAGAAAUGUAAGUGUGGUUUCUGAGAAGCUCCUGCAUCUUUUUCAGGUUUCCAAGUACAUAUUCAAGCAUGAAAUAAAACUCCCCUUGUUUUUUA